AUGGCAGCAUCAAGUCUUUUUGCUACAAGACUUUAUAAUAAUACCUCUCAAUAUUAUUAUACAACUGGUUAUCGUAAACCAAAUGCUAAUAAUUAUAAUACCACUUUAAAUAAACUAAAAACUCAACUUAAUACUAUAAAUUCUUCUUAUAAUAAUAUUAAAAAUUUAUAUAAUCAAACAAACACAUUAUAUCAAACUACACAAAAACUUUUAACUGAAAAAGAAUUACAACUAAAAGAAGAAAUUAAAAAAUAUAAUGAUGCUAAAUCUAAACUUGAUGAAUUGUAUACACAAUUUAUUAAAUUAUCUGUUAAUAAUGAAACAUUAAAAAACUUAUUAACACAAGAACAUAAUAAUUAUUUAAAUGAACUUAAAGCUCAUGCAAUCACCAAAAAUUCAUUAAUUAAUGCGAAUAAAAAACUUAAUGAAAAAACCAAAGAAGCAAAAAAACAUAAAGAAAAUUAUGAAAAAACAUUUAAAGAUCUCCAAACAGAAAUCUUAAAAAAUUAUAAAAAUGAAUUACUUUUAGAAACAAAAGAUAGUGAAAUUAAAAGAAUAACCAACCAAACAAGAAAAGAUUAUGAAGAUGCUAAAAAUGAAAUCAAAAAAUCGAUAAAAGAAAAAGACAAAUUUAAAGAAAAAUAUGAAGAUAUAUUUGAAAAACUCUUACAAGAAAUAUUAAUCAACUAUAAAAAUAAUUUAACGACCAAAAAUAACAAUGAUAAAAUUACUGAACUAAAAGAUAAAUCUAAAAUAGUAAAUAAUAAAUUAAAUGAAAUGACUAAAAGAAGAAAUGAAUAUGCUAGAAAAUAUCAAGAAAUGAUAAAGAAACUUAAUGAUGAGGCAUUGGAACAUCAAAAAACCAAAGAAAAAUUAAAAAAUGAAAAAAUUCGUCAUAAAAAAACUAACAAUCUUUAUAAAACUAAAAAAGAAAAACUUAUCGAAGAAAGAAAAAAAAUUGGAAAAACCAAAAAACUUAGUCAACGAAAAAAAGAAGCAUUAUUAAAAGAAAUCAAUGAUGCAUUAGAAAAAAAUAAAAAUCUUAAAAAACAAUUCCAAGAAGAAGAAAAGAAAAGAAAAAAACUAGAAGAAACGACUAAAAAACUUGAAGAUAAGUAUAAUAAAAAAAUUGGAGAUUUACAACAAUUAUUAAAGGAUAAAAAUGAUACAAUUAAAAAAUUAAAAAAUGAACAAAACACUUUAAAAUUAAAAUAUAACCAAUCACGUAGAAAUUUUAACAAAAUAAAGACAGACUUAGAUGAUUUAAAAAAAUUAAUCGAAGAAAGUAAAUCACUAAAAACUAAUCAUGAAAAUCUUUUAAUUAAAUCGCUUCCUCCAAAUCUUUUACAUGAGAUUAACAUUCAUUUAGAUAAAUUAAAACCAGAAAUUAUUGAUGCUGCUGAUACAGCUUUUACUUUAGAAAAAUUAGUUGAAACAUUUGGUUAA